AUGGAGCAACACGCACCAACCUAUCCUCAACCUGCUGAGUAUUACCCAGGCAAAAGACCAGCUCCCCGAGGAACUGCUUUUUACCCCAGGAAGCGGGCAAACAAGGCUUGUCAGGUGUGCCGGGCCCGCAAAACCAAGUGCGACAACGCAAAGCCAAGCUGCUCAUAUUGCGUUCAGGUUGGGACCACAUGCAUACAGUCACCAGCGGACCUCUCGAGCUUUGACCCCGCGAGUCUGAAAAUACUGGAGCGAUUGGAUAACAUAGAAAAUUUACUUCUUUCUUCAGCCACUCGAGCAGUCGACAAUAGUGGCAAGGCCGAACAAAUAUCAGCAUUUUAUCAGCCGCGUAAAAAUGCUACUGUGGUCAAUACGGAAGAGUGGAUUCUCUAUGGAAACGUCCUCCCCGAACGAACCGAGUCUGUCCUGCGAUGGCCUCUUUUCAUGGAUGAACCAUGUGGGCCAUCAUCUCAGGUGCUCCAUAAACCCGCUCCCGACAUGAUAGCCGCCCCCUCUCAUAGUGGACGCUCCUUGGCCGCUCUCUUAGAGAUGGAGCCCAAGAAUAUCAAUGUCAUUGUAGAUAAUUUCUUUCGCUACGUGCACUGCAAGAACCCCAUCAUCGAUGAGAUGGCUACGCGGCGAUUGGUCAACGCUACUUUUCUCGAUGGCUUAGACUGGUCUCCAUCAUCAUGUUUGGCCAUGAUCAUCUGUGCUUUAGGCUCAAUUGCCACUCCAUUUGGUUCCAGCCAGAACACCAAGCCCGGAAGCGAAGCCUACCAGAACUCGCGCGUCUUUUUCCAGGCCGCUCAGAAACGAAUCGGAUUGUUUCUCGUUGGGUCGGAUAUAAUCGGGGCACAAUGCCUCUUCCUUUCCGGGGUGUACAUGGUGUGCGUCUUCCAACAGUUCGACGCGUGGCGAUUCUUCUCGCAGGCGCUCGCAGCAUGCCAGCGCUUCCCUUUCCUCGUCCAUGCCCCGGGAGUAGCAUCCGAGUCGGAUAUCUCCACUAAUAUAGAUUCACCCGACAACUACGAACAGGCUGUUUACUGGUCCGCUUGGAAGUCAGAGCGAGAGCUAAGCAUGGAACUUGCACUCCCCGAUUUCAAAGUUGCGCAUACUGGGAGUGCACUAUAUCCACCCUUUUUCCCAAAGCCCCCACAACCGCUGGACUCUCCAAAGAAUCCAGAUGCGCAACGGCAGCGCGCGUCUUGGCUUUUCUACCUGGCUGAAAUUUACUUGCGGCGACUAGGCAGUAGUAUUGCAGAGGAAAUUACGACUCUCCAUCAGUCUCACGCGUCAUCAGCUGAAUUUUUAUUGGCCCUUGAGCCCUUGGUUUCCGAGUGGGAGAUGCAGAUACAUGCAUGGUCUGAGAGUCUCCCGCCUGACCUGUCCGUUAGUGCGCCCCCUCAGGAGGAUGAAGUUUGUCGUUUUGUUCUCCGAGGCCAUCUUAUUGAUAUGUAUGAACUUGUUUACUGGCCGUGGGUGAUGGCAUAUAUUGGAGCGGUAUCAAGUCCCUGCACUCCCGGUCCGGAGAUUGAAGAAAACGGGCAGAAAGGCCUGCAACUUCAUUUACAGCGAAUAUAUGUGAAUGAGCCGGGCUUCCUACACCGCCAUCAUGGAACCGUGCCAUUGAUUCGAACUUGUACACGGAGUGCAUUUGUCUUGGUCGCGGCGGGACUCGCGGGAUGCAAAUUGCCAUUCGGAUGGCAGGAGGCUAUAUUCAAAACAAUGGAGCUUUUAACGACCUGGCAGGAUGAGAUGACCGAGGCAGGACAAUGGUUGCAGUUAUUACGAAGUGAAAAUAGCCGAUUGUCUGGGCCUUGCUAA